AUGCCAUGCGUUUGGCAGGCUGGCAACGAGCACUGCUUGAGGUUGAAGUUGGAAGAUCCAAUAUUUGAUGGAUCUGGCCGCAUGUCCGCACCUGACCAAUCCGUUUUGAUUUUAUUCUUUCAAAUUUUUUUUCUUCUUUCUUGCUCCUUGCUGAAUUUUGCCAUCGACUAUAUGUUUUAUUCGGUUCCUUUACCUCGUAGCAUCCGCACCAACUGA